ACACUCCUGAACUCUACAGAACUCUUCAGAACUCUACAGAACUCUACAGAACUCUACAGAACACUCCUGAACUCUACAGAACUCUGCAGAACUCUACAGAACACUACUGAACUCUACAGAACUCUCCAGAACACUCCUGAACUCUACCGAACUCUACAGAACACUCCUGAACUCUCCAGAACACUCCUGAACUCUACAGAACUCUACAGAACACUCCUGAACUCUACAGAACACUCCGGAACCCUACAGAACUCUACAGAACACUCCUGAACUCUUCAGAACUCUACAGAACUCUCCAGAACACUCCUGAACUCUACAGAACUCUACAGAACACUCCUGAACUCUACAGAACACUCCUGAACCCUACAGAACUCCACAGAACACUCCUGAACUCUACAGAACACUCCUGAACCCUACAGAACACUCCUGAACUCUUCAGAACUCUUCAGAACACUACUGAACUCUACAAAACUCUACAGAACACUCCUAAAUCCUACUGAACUCUAAAGAACUCUACAGAACACCCCUUAACCCUACAGAACUCUAAAGAACUCUACAGAACACCCCUUAACCCUACAGAACUCUAAAGAACUCUACAGAACACCCCUUAACCCCACAGAACUCUACAGAACACUUCUGAACUCUACAAAACUCUACAGAACACUCCUGAACCCUACAGAACUCUAAAGAACUCUACAGAACACCCCUUAACCCUACAGAACUCUACAGAACUUUACAGAGCACUCCUGAACUCAACUCUACAGAACUCUUCAGAACUCCACAGAACUCUACAGAACUGUACAGAACUUUACAGAACCUUUCUGUUACUUCAUUUAUUUUAGUGAUGCAAACCACAUUCAUCACUCAGCAUUGUGUGUAUGUGUAGGGUGUUGUAGGGCUCUGAUAUCAGAGGGUGGGUUACUGGUAUCAGGGUGUUGGGCUUUUGUAUCAGGGUGUUGGGCUCUGGUAUCAGAGUGUGGGUUACUGGUGUCAGGGUGUUGGGCUCUGGUAUCAGAAUGUGGGUUACUGGUAUCAGGGUGUUGGGCUUUUGUAUCAGUGUGGGUUACUGGUAUCAGGGUGUUGGGCUUUUGUAUCAGGGUGUUGGGCUCUGAUAUCAGAGUGUGGGUUACUGGGAUCAGGGUGUUGGGCUCUGGUAUCAGGGUGUUGGGCUCUGAUAUCAGAGUUUGGGUUACUGGUAUUAGGGUGUUGGGCUUUUGUAUCAGUGUGGGUUACUGGUUUUAGGGUGUUGGGCUCUGGUAUCAGUGUGUGGCUUACUGGUUUUAGGGUGUUGGGCUCUGGUAUCAGAGUGUGGGUUACUGGUUUUAGGGUGUUGGGCUCUGGUAUCAGAGUGUGGGUUACUGGUUUUAGGGUGUUGGGCUCUGGUAUCAGAGUGUGGGUUACAGGUUUUAGGGUGUUGGGCUCUGGUAUCAGUGUGUGGGUUACUGGUUUUAGGGUGUUGGGCUCUGGUAUCAGUGUGUGGGUUACUGGUUUUAGGGUGUUGGGCUCUGGUAUCAGAGUGUGGGUUACUGGUUUUAGGGUGUUGGGCUCUGGUAUCAGAGUGUGGGUUACUGGUUUUAGGGUGUUGGGCUCUGGUAUCAGAGUGUGGGUUACAGGUUUUAGGGUGUUGGGCUCUGGUAUCAGUGUGUGGGUUACUGGUUUUAGGGUGUUGGGCUCUGGUAUCAGUGUGUGGGUUACUGGUUUUAGGGUGUUGGGCUCUGGUAUCAGUGUGUGGGUUACUGGUUUUAGGGUGUUGGGCUCUGGUAUCAGUGUGUGGGUUACUGGUUUUAGGGUGUUGGGCUCUGGUAUCAGUGUGUGGGUUACUGGUUUUAGGGUGUUGGGCUCUGGUAUCAGUGUGUGGGUUACUGGUUUUAGGGUGUUGGGCUCUGGUAUCAGUGUGUGGGUUACUGGUUUUAGGGUGUUGGGCUCUGGUAUCAGUGUGUGGGUUACUGGUGUAAGUUUCUUACAAAACUCUGCAUGCAGGGCUUCCAUUGGGAUUUUGUCCCUUUUGUCAAAGGCCGGAUUUAGGAAUUUGACAAAUUUCCAGACUUCACUACCAUACACUGCAAUAGGUUCUAGAACUGACUGGAAUAUUUUGAGCCAGAUUCUAAUUGGGAUUUGAACUGGAAUAAAUUUUUUAAUGGCAUAGAAAGCCCUUCUUGCUUUCUCCUUCAGUUCAUUCACAGCCAGGUUGAGGUUUCCAUUUGCCCUGAAUUUCAGCCCGAGGUAUGUGUAAUUAGUGACCAAGGGUCAUACAGAGGGUGAAACUGCGUCUCUUUCCCUGACCUCUGGGUCGUUUUUGAAAGUUUAGGACCUUUGUCUUGGUUGGGUUUAUAGUCAGGGCCCAGGUCUGACUGAACCUGUGCAGGAUGUGGAGGUUGUGCUGUAGAGCCUCGUCUGUAGGAGACAGCAGGACCAGAUCAUCUGCAUAGAGGAGGAACUUUAUACUGGAGUGGUGUAGUGUGAGGCCGGGUGCUGGUGAAUAUAUACAUUAAUGAACUGUCAUUUUUCCAGUUCAUUAAUGUAUUUAUUAAAGAGAGUUGGUGGUAGUGGACAGCCCUGCCUCACACCCUGCCCUUGAGUGAGGAAUUCAGUUUACAUUGUUUUUAUGAUAUUGUAGGUUUUGCUGCUUAUUAGGGCGCUGGUGGCUCAGUGGUAGUUUUCUCGCCUAUCAUGUGGAAGGCCCAGGUUAGAUUCCCAGCCAGUGCCUGACCCCAGCCACUAGAUGUAGUGCCGGUCCCAAGCCCGGAUAAAACGGGAGGGUUGUGUCAGGAAGGGUACCGGCGUAAAACCUGUGCCAAGUUGAUGUGCGGACCGGUUGGUCUGCUGUGGCGACCCCUCACACACGUAGGGAGCAGCUGAAAGAUCAACAACAUUUGUUCUCAGUUCUCACGUGGUGUGUAUGCCAUAUUUGGUUUUUAUGAUCAGCGCUCAGUGAACACACUCUUGUCAUUUUCGGGUGCUCUGCACACCUCCUUCAUCACUCCAUCACAGCCUGCUGAGGCCGACGCCCAUUUCCUGCUCCAGCUCAGACCCACCCUUAAAGGGGUGGUGCUUAGCAUGAUCACACAUUACAAAUGGGACAAGUUUGUUUACCUCUACGACACAGAUAGAGGGUUCUCUUUGCUGCAGUCAGUAAUGGAAGCUGCAGUGGUGAAUGACUGGAGGGUGACGGUUCGCUCUGUGGGGAAUGUUGCUGAUGUUCUGGAAUAUCGGAGGAUUAUUGAGGAAAUGGAACGUCGUCAGGAGAAACUCUUCAUCAUCGACUGUGAGGAGGAGCGCAUCAAUGCUGUGCUGGAGCAGGUCGUGGCCUCUGGGAAAAACAGUCGAGGAUAUCACUACAUCCUAGCUAAUUUGGGUUUCUCCAACGCAACUAUAGAGAAGGUUUUCUCCGGCGGUGCGAACAUCACCACCUUUCACAUCAUCGACCCACAGAACCCCAUCGUCCAGCAGUUCCUCCAGCGCUGGGACAAACUGGACGAGAGAGAGUUCCCUCAGGCCCGGGACACACCCCUAAGAUACACCUCUGCACUGACCCAUGAUGCCGUGUUGGUGAUAUCAGAAGCGUUUCGGUAUUUGCGUCGUCAGCGUGUGGACAUUUCUCGGCGUGGCAGCGCUGGAGACUGUUUAGCAAAUCCAGCUGUUCCCUGGAGUCAGGGCAUCGACAUCGAGAGGGCACUGAAGAUGGUCCAGGUUCAGGGAAUGACAGGAAAUGUCCAGUUUGAUUCUUUUGGACGUCGUACGAACUUCACCAUCGAUGUUUAUGAGAUGAAACCUAGUGGAGCGAAAAAGAUUGGUUACUGGAGUGAGUUUGAGAAGUUUGUGUAUGUAUCAGAGCUGCAGGUGACCAACGAAUCAUCUUCAGUGGAAAACCGGACGAUCGUGGUCACCACCAUCAUGGAAGCUCCGUACGUGAUGUAUAAGAGAAAUUACAUGCAGCUGGAGGGAAAUGACCGAUAUGAAGGCUACUGCGUGGACUUAGCGUCCGAAAUCGCCAAACACGUCCGGAUAAAAUACAAGCUGUCCGUCGUAGCUGACGGGAAAUAUGGAGCGCGGGAUCCCGAGACCAAAACCUGGAAUGGGAUGGUGGGAGAGCUGGUGUACGGGAGGGCAGACAUCGCCGUGGCUCCUCUGACCAUCACGCUGGUGCGUGAGGAGGUGAUCGACUUCUCCAAACCCUUCAUGAGCCUGGGGAUCUCCAUCAUGAUAAAGAAGCCUCAGAAGUCGAAGCCGGGUGUGUUCUCGUUCCUGGACCCUCUGGCGUAUGAGAUCUGGAUGUGUAUCGUGUUCGCGUACAUCGGCGUGAGCGUGGUGCUCUUCCUGGUCAGCAGAUUCAGUCCGUAUGAGUGGAACUCCGAGAGCAGUGAGGAGGCCAAGGAUCCGCAGGCUCCGCCCGACCCGCCCAAUGACUUCGGCAUUUUUAACAGUCUGUGGUUCUCUCUCGGAGCCUUCAUGCAGCAAGGAUGCGAUAUCUCACCAAGGUCUCUGUCAGGUCGAAUAGUGGGAGGAGUUUGGUGGUUCUUCACAUUGAUCAUCAUCUCGUCCUACACGGCAAACCUGGCGGCGUUCCUCACUGUGGAGCGGAUGGUGUCUCCCAUCGAGAGUGCUGAAGAUCUGGCCAAGCAGACGGAGAUAGCAUACGGAACGCUCGACUCCGGUUCCACUAAAGAGUUCUUCAGACGCUCUAAGAUCGCGGUGUUUGAGAAGAUGUGGUCCUACAUGAAGUCGGCCGAACCGUCGGUGUUUGUGAAGACGACUCCGGAUGGCGUGGCUCGUGUCAGGAAGUCGAAGGGGAAGUUUGCGUUCCUGCUCGAGUCCACCAUGAAUGAAUACAUCGAACAACGCAAACCGUGCGACACCAUGAAGGUCGGAGGAAACCUCGACUCCAAAGGCUACGGAGUCGCCACGCCCAAGGGCUCGGCAUUAAGAAGUGCUGUGAACCUGGCUGUGUUAAAGCUGAACGAGCAGGGCCUGCUGGACAAGCUGAAAAACAAGUGGUGGUACGACAAGGGGGAGUGUGGCAGCGGGGGAGGGGACUCCAAGGAUAAGACGAGUGCUCUGAGUCUCAGUAACGUAGCCGGUGUGUUCUACAUCCUGGUUGGAGGUCUGGGACUCGCCAUGACAGUGGCGCUGGUGGAGUUCUGCUACAAGUCUCGUCAGGAGACCAAGCGUCUCCGGCUGCUGAAUCCUCUGAGCUUUAAACACACUCCUCCUGCCGGCGCUCAGGGCUUCACCACCUACAGAGAGGGCUACAACGUCUACGGCACCGAGAGCGUCAAGAUAUAGCUCUAGCCACGAGGUCCACAGGUCCACAGGAUAUCCUUCUCUCUGUUUUAAUAGGACACACCCCUGUUGACCCCUCCCACCACUUUAAUCUUCCCUUGGAUCUGCUGUAACCAUGGCAACUGCACUCAGAUAUCUCUCGGUGCCUUACAGGAACUCGGAGCAUUUGACAGAGCUUCCUUCCCAGUCCUCCAAACUUCCUGUCCACCCCAGAGUGCUUCCUCCUGACCUUCAUCUCCACCACAGAGCCCUUUGUUCAGAAGAUUCUCACACUGCAUCACUUCCUCUGCAGAGAGGUUUGAAGACUCCAGAUCACUUCAUCUCCGCUCAGAGCUUCACCUCACUGCAGAACCGUUUAACCUCCAAAACCGAGAGAAGAACUUUAACAGCAUAGAGCAGCGCUUCCUAAAGUAGGGGUCAUGACCUCAUAUAGGGUCAUAGAGAGACACUCACAGUCUCCACUUUUCUUUCAUUUGUUUCAGAUUUUAUUGUUAGAAAUAUUGACAAGUUUGAAGAUUUUGUGUGCUGAUAUUUAACUGAGUCACAUUCAGAGACGUUUAAAUGAACAGAAACUCUUCUGUUUCUCGGGCUUUACCCUGAUUCUUCAUUUCAUGCUCCCAAAUAUCUGUGCACUUUACCUUAUAUGGAGUUUUGUGGGUGUCACUAUAUGUAAAUGAGCUUUGCUCCACACACACACACACACACACACAAAAAAAAUCAAGUGUUGUAGAAAUGUUCCCAGUAAAGUCCAGCAGAAAAUGUCUUUCUCUUUGGCUUUCGCAAACAUUUACACUUUACAAAAAAAAUUGAUGAGUCUUGGUUAAAAAAAAAAAAUUACUGGAGAAAGAUUUGCAUGAAGGUAAAUAAUGAAGAGCUAUUAAAAUGUUGAGGCUUGUGCUGUCAGAAGAUCCAUAACUUUUAUUUGGGGUGAUUUGUCUUUUUUGGACCCGCUGUUCUCCAGCGAUCUCCACCGUCUCCUCUCCAGAGCAGCUGGUUAGAGUUUAUGGAACUUCUCCACACUGCAGUCCAGAGCAGAUCAUCUCCAGCACACAACAUCCAGAGUGCUUCAUGUCAACUCUAGAGCUGUGCUUCACAAUGCCAGAGCUUCAGAGCUUCUCGUUUCUGCUUCAGCAUCAUCUGUUAUCAUCUCUAGAGCAGAUCAGUUCUGAUCCUCAGUGCUUCCAGGUUGGUUUCCGUGCUCGUCAUGUUGGAAGAAACAGAUAAGUUGGAAAAAUGAGGUGAAGGAUAAACUCAUCUUGGUCUGCGUUUCUUUCUCGCUGUACUUUCUCCAUUUAGAAGCCAAUAGUUUGCUGAAAAAAUUAAUUGCAGCUUGUUGAGUUAGGAUUGUUUUAGAUGAAUGAAUUUUAAAAUGAGACCAUGAGUGAAAUUGUUAAAAUAAAUGUAAUGUGUGUAUUGAGAAGUGUGUCUCUAAUUUUAUAAAAAAAAGGGGGAAUUUUAUAAACACAUUAAUUAUUGGAUGAAGUUGCAUGUCAAAGAUCUGAGUUGUGAAAGGUCAAAGGUCAUCCUCUUAGUUUUCUGUAAUCUAGAAACCUAGCAGCUGCACGAAGGUUUAAUUUUAUUACAUUUUGUUAAUAAAGAUUAGAAUGUGAAAGUGUCUUUAACAUUAAAUCAUUUGUGUACAUUUUUUCACACAGACAGACAGACAGACAGACGAACAGACAGACGGACACAGGUUAUGACGUUUACAGUUUAUUUUGUCCUUUUCUGCUAGUUAAACACGCUGCAGUUCUGCGGCGGUCUGACAGGUUCAACACUGCAGUAUGAUAUUUGAUGGGAAUAAAAACACAACAUGACAAUAAUAAAACAGAAUAAAGACCUGUCAGAGUUUUAAUACCUGACAGGAAUGAUAUAAACCAAUGGUCUAUUUAUUUUAAUAUAAACUUUAAUUUAAUUGUGUAUUUCUGCCGCUGACAGCGCUAUAAUAAAUGUGCAGGUGCAGUUCCACAUUCCGACAGUCGGUGGUGCUGUUUCUCCAUUUCAUCACUAUUAAUCAUUAAAGACGCAAGUUUCUGUGCUUUAAAGAUUUUAAUAAUUAUCAGAUAAAUCAGUUUAUUCAAAAACUUCACCUUAAAAUCGUCAGAAUCACUGCUGACAGAAAAACAACAUCCUGUGUGUGUGUGUGUGUGUAUAUGUCUGGGUGUGUAUGUGUGUGUUCAUAGGUCUUUAUGUGUGUGUGUAUGUGUGUGUUCAUAGGUGUUUGUGUGUGUGUGUAUAGGUGUUUAUAUGUGUGUGUGUGUAUGUGUGUGUUCAUAGGUGUUUGUGUGUGUGUGUAUAGGUGUUUAUAUGUGUGUGUGUGUAUGUGUGUGUUCAUAGGUGUUUGUGUGUGUGUGUGUAUUUGUGUUCAUAGGUGUUUGUGUGUGUGUAUGUGUGUUGAUAGGUGUUUAUAUGUGUGUGUAUAUGUGUGUGUUGAUAGGUGUUUAUAUAUAUGUGUGUGUGUGUGUGUAUGUGUGUUGAUAGGUGUUUGUGUGUAUGUGUGUGUUGAUAGGUGUUUAUAUAUAUAUGUGUGUGUGUGUGUGUGUGUGUGUUCAUAGGUGUUUGUGUGUGUGUAUAUGUGUGUGUAUGUGUGUGUUCAUAGGUGUUUAUCUGUGUGUGUGUGUAUGUGAGUGUUGAUAGGUGUUUAUUUGUGUAUGUGUGUGUGUGUGUUCAUAGGUGUUUAUAUGUGCGUGUGUGUGUGUGUGUCUGCACGUGCGAGCAUGUGCGUGUGCAUGUCUGUGUUUGUGCGUGUGUAUAUGUGCGUGUGUUUGGGCGUGCACGUGUGCAUGUGUGCGUAUGGGUGUGUAUGUGUUUGUAUGUGUGUGUGCAUGUGUAUGUGUAUACAUGUGUAUACGUGUUUGUGUGUGUGUGCGUGUUUGUGUGCAUGUCUGUGUGUUCAUGUCUGUGUGUUCGUGUGACAUACACUCCCAGUGAAAAGUUUGGACACACCUUCUAAUUCCAUGGUGUUUCCUGAUGUUUAUUUCUUUCUACAUUGUAAAUCAAUGCUGAAGGCGGCCGAAAUCCACAAUAAUGUCCUUUGAACAGUUGAUAUUGAGAUAUGUCUGCUACUGAUGCUCUGUAAAGCCUUCAUAACGCCUCUAAUCUGAGGUGCUGUUAAUUGGUGAUUUCUGAGGCUGGUGACUCUAAAUGAACUCCUCCUCUGCAGCAGAGGUCAGUUUUGGUCUUGCUUUACUGGGAUGGUCUUCAUGUGAGACAGUUUCAUCAUGGGGCUUGAUGGGUUU